UUAAUAAAUCCUACAAUCGUUCGAUGCAUAAUCUCUCUUUGUCUUCCUACGUUCGAGGCUGUGGGCAAAACAUGACAUUAACAUCAGAAUGUAUGUAGUACCUACACGAUAAGUGUGACUUUUCGGCCCUGACAAUUUCACAGUUAAUUCAAGGAAUACUGAAUACAUAGAUUCGGGACAAAUGUGUUCACACUUCUCGGUCCCGACGACUUCACAUUUAUCGAAGGAAGUCGAGAAUUAAGAUCUAAAAAACAACAAUGUAUAAUAUACUUUUGCUGUUCUGCAUAUUACAUAUAUUGAAUGUCUGUCUAAUUUCUGUCCAGAUCACAAUUUCUACUUACUGGCUUGGUAUGGUUGUACAUGUAUAAACUGAACGUAGAGAGCCAGUAAAUGGAAAUUAUUACACGAACAGAAGUCGGGUCAUUUACAAUGGAUACCUUAUAUUUAAUGCGCAUCUGUGUUAACCUUUUGAUAAAUGCAUAAAAUCCGCAGUCUAAUAAUUACGAAACAGUUUUACUAAUAAAUCCAAACGCUUGUCGCGGAGAGGCUGAGAACCCCUUGUUACGUAGUGUAUUUAGACAAUCUGUAUUCGGAACGCAGCUGCUUUUUCACCACGCACCCACUCCGCGCAUUCGUACAGUCACGUGACGUGCUGCCCCACUGAGGCAGCCGUGAACGGACCAAUCGGCUCGCGCGUCUUGUCCCCACCAUCGGUCAUAUGGACAAAGGGACGAAGCUACGUCGUUCGCGUCCGCUGCCACUGUCGGUAGAAAAUAGUCGGCUUUCGGUGGGUGCGGUAUCUGGAUCAGUCAGUUUGAUAGUUAGUGCGCGUCGGUAUUUUUCGGGUUCGUGAAAGGUAUUCCGAUUUGCUGGUUUAAGAAGCGUGCACGUGUAUCGUACGAACGUGAAAUUCGAAAGAAACGAGGCUGUAAUCGAUUCCUGUUCGAAACAAGAAGCAAGGGAAGAGAAAAGAGGUCGGCGUAACGAUCGACGCUUACAGUGUUAUCGACAAGGAUACCGAAACAUCAAAGAAAUUUCGAAGAAGCCUGACACACGUACAACGCGAUCUACGUAUCGCGGAAAAGACGAAAUAUUCGCAUUCACAAGCUGAAUAUCGCGUUUCGCGCUGGAGCGUCUUCGAGAUAUCAUUCUGCGCGAACGUGCGACGUGGCGGCGACGCCAUUUUGUCAAGACCUCCUGUGCGCAUCGUUGCGAGAAUACGAGAAUUUCCGUGACGCCUUCGACCACAUCAGCGGAAGUUGAUAUUUUCUAAUCUACAAGACGGAACCGAGAAAAUCGAGGAGGGAGUCCUAACGAGUAGUUCUUCGUCCUGGGUCUAUAGCAGUUGCAGCCAUGAGGCUGGAAAUAGUGUCGGCGGCGGAUUUCCUGGUGCACCUGCUCCGGCUGCAGACAGGCCAGCUGUCGGAGCGCCAAUUGGAAAUGUUCAAAUCAUCAUUGACGGAGGUGCUCCGGCAUCGUUACAGGGAUCACUGGUUCCCCGAUCGUCCAAAUCGCGGUUCCGGCUACCGCUGCAUCCGCAUCAACGGUAAAAUGGAUCCGGUGAUCGCCCAGGCAGGAGCGAACGUAGGAUUGCUACCCACGGUGUUGCACAGUCUUUUCCCCAGCGAGCUAACGAUGUGGAUCGACCCGGCGGAGGUAUCGUACAGGAUCGGGGAAAACGGGUCGAUUUGCGUUCUAUAUGAGCGCACGAACGAACCCGAACCCGAAGAACAACAGCAGCAGCAGCAGCAGCAGCAACAACAACAGUUCGAGAGCUGCAAGGACUCGCUGCUGCUAGAACACUCGCAAUUCAGCGAGCAGAUCGCAGCUUUCGUUUCCAGUUGAAGCGUCGAGAGAGAAGCUGGAAAAACAAGAACACGUCGCUCCGUUUCCAUUAGUGCGUCACGCUCUCAGACUGAUAACGAAUACGCUUCUUCGUGAUACGUGUGUGAUAUAUACAUAUAUUCGACUCUACGUACGUACAUAUUGCGAUCUUUGUGUGCACGCGAACACGCAAACAUUAAUCAGUUCAUCCUUCAGUCGAGUGCUGGAAGAAUACGUUAGUACAAGAGUGUCAAGUCUCUGUCUUGGACAUGUUCAAACGACAGGUAGUAUUUCGUCCAGGAUGAAACGUCUGGAGGGAUUUUCGAGUUUUAAUCGAAUUUUCUGUAAAUAUUUAACGAACGAGUCGUCGCAGAGGAUAAGGGAGGACUGUAAAGAGAGAUACGAUCAAACACAGGUAUCAUGCUGUAACCACCCUAUUUGAUUAAAUCGAACAAAUCCUUGCCAUAACUCCAACCACCAGAAAGAAAAUGCGCCAAAUUCCGUUUCAUAGAAGAAUUAUUAGGAAAUUUCAAACACAGAGAAUUAGAAAGAAUGUCGGCUUGCAGUUGUAGUCAGCUAACUUUGCCUCGGGAUUGAAGAAGACAAACAAUUGGAUAAUUGCAAUAUAGAAAGAACAAACUGAAGUUAAAAUUGAACAUUCUUUGACGUGACUUCAACCAUAGAAAAAAGAGCAGUAUUUAACUGCUAAUUUGCGCCAAAUUCAACGAGAAUUGUUAGGAAAUUUCAAAUACGGUGAUUUUUAUCACAAGUUUGCCGAAUAAUUAAAAAGAAACGGUACCGACAAUUCGAAGUCAGCUAUCGUUGCUUUGGACACUUGCAAAAUAGAAAGAAGAAACCGAAGAUAAUUUUGUUGGUAAUUAAAAUUCGAAUAUUCAUCCCGCUUGUUCGCGUGCCACCUGGGAAGGUCUCAGCAGGCUUCUACCGGAAUUUUUCCAGUAUAUUGGAAAAUAAUACAUAUAUACCGCCUUUCCAAUGUGUUGGAAACAAUUGGGAGAAAUCACGGGGAGGAUCUCUCAUUGAUCUCAGCUUUCUUCCGCAUCGCUUCCGGUCGAAUUCUUCGAAGAAAGAAGGAAACUCGGAGCGGGGGAACAACGAACGACAUGGUCUGACCCUCUCCUCUUCUUCUUUUUGUUUCACCGAAAAGAGAGGAGGAACUCUCUCUCUGAAAAAGGAACGUGUGUGCGCUUUCAUGAAAUCUCUUUUCUUCCAUGAACUAUUUCUCGAAUCUAGUAAAAAUUGGUUGACAAAAAAGCCCUCUCUAGUUUGUUCAAUGAUGUAUUUACAGUAGAACUGUACUGCGCCGGAACUUUACUUUGAAACAAAUUUAGUGGCCAAUAGAAUUCACUUUGUCAAUGGGGUACUUAUACGAACGUGAAUUUGUUUAUUAUUAAUGUAAACAGAGUUCUGCUGUAUAAUGAUCAUUCACUGUGUAUUAUAAAAAUUGUUCACGAUGAUCGUUCAAUGAGGAUUAUAGAGAAGCAAUGCAUACAAGGUUCGCUGUGCUCUUUCUUCUCAAUUAUACCAACCAUGUUUACAGAUUCGACGAACUUCACCAGUUUUUAUUAAUGUCCAAUCAGCAGCAUUUUUAGUGAAAGCAAUUGGGAAAGAUCAAUUUCAAUAAGAGUAUAUUUAUACAUACAUACAUACGUACACAGUACAUGAUCGAAGUUAUCAAAUUUAAUUUGAAACAAUUAUCAAAGAUUAUCGAUGUGUUUUUAACAGGGAUUUGUGGAUAUCUGAAAAUUUCGGGCACCUGAGCCUCCGGUCGGAUCGGGUAAUUCCGAAAAUUUGAUCAACACAAAUUUGUCCGGAUAUUCGUGAUUACGGGACUGGAAACUCAACUCAGGAGCCGUUGUUACAUUCGUAAGGACGAUUUCUCAAACAGAUCUUACACUUUUAACUUUACAACUGUCUCCAUAUGUUGUGACAUGUAACAGUCGGCAUCGAUUGCAACGAGGGCUACCGAACUCAAGUAGAGUUUGGAUCCCGAGUUGAUAUUCGCAUAUCCAAAGAAUAUGUUGGACGAACUUUCUGAAUACCGUCCGAAAAAAUUCACGAUCCGAAUUUUCGAAUACCCGCAUAUCUCUAGUUUUUAAGUAAUUAAUUUUAAUCUGAAAUUCUAUACUUCUAACUUUAAUUAAUAACGAAGUGAUAAGACGCACCAAAAUGUAUAAAACCAUUUUAAUUUCGUUCAUAAUUGUUAUUUGUAGUAUUACAAUUUGCAAUAAUUCACAAUUAUUUUUACUUAACUCAAUAAGUCUCAGUGCAUUAACGCAACUUUAAUUACUAAAGAAUUUAAGUACAGAGCAUUAUAUUAUAUGUUGAACACUUUUUAAGUAUGUAUGUAUGUUAUGUAUUUCGAAGGAUAAUGAAAGAACAAACUGAUACCACAAAAUAUGAUCUUGUAAGAAUGUGUGUGUGUGUGUGUGUGAGAGAGAGAGAGUGAGAUAGAUUUGCAUGUUUCUCGAGUGGAUUGUAAUUAUUAUACAUAUAUAUAAAUGUGCACAUAUACAGACACGUACCGUAUAUGUAUAUAUGCAUUUUGUACCUAUAUACGUUAUAUAGUCCUUUCAGGAAGAAUUUGUACAAAAACGAAGUGGAAAAACCGGCUGGGAUAAUAUGCCACCAGCAUGUCUGUGAUUUUAGCUUGGUUAAUUCAGUAUUUUUUUAAAUAAAACAAGACAACAUCAACAUAAACAAAAAAAGAAUAGUAUGCAAGAUUUGAAACGCGAGAUAAAUGUCACAAUUUCUGUUCACGUUUCACCAGUUUCUAAUCACUGGCAUAUUCUAACUAGAGUGAUGGAAAGAUAAGACAGUGAGUAGAAAUUGUGACACAGGAAUUAGGACAUUUACCUUGUUUGCAGGAGUAGCGAUCAAAUCGAUAUUCAGUAUUGUCAGACCUAUUAAUAGUAUCUAAGUCGUUAGUUCUUUUUUUAUCACAAAUUGAAUAUUAUAUGCUUCAUAUGAACUUGAGUUUUGAAAGGUUGGAAAAAAAAUAAACAGUUAUUUGGGGUCCGCUAAAUUGCAACAUUUACAUUGUUUUCGAUCUUUAUUGUGCAACUUUAAUUGAGUCUCGAUCGAAAUCAAUCUUAAAGUUAUAGUUAGUACCAUUGAUUCAAAACAAGAUUUACAUGGAGCUUAAACUGAUUUAAGCAUUUGCUCACAGUAAACUUUUUCUACGCGUAUAAAUCAAAUACUCUGAAUAAUGUUUAAACACACAACAGACGUAUAUGUACAUAUCGAUUGGAUCGCUGUUCACUGGACAAAGUUGUGCAUGAUAAAGAAACUAUAAAAGUGGCCGAGAAUGGAAGAGAAAAAGGAGGGAAGAGGAAAUGAAGAUGCAAACGGAAUAUCGCGUGUACAUUCAACAAUUAACGGGAACUUGUACAAAAAUGGAUGAAAAUCAUAUUUUAAUACGAUGCGAUGCGAUGCGAUGCGAUGCAAUAAUUUUUAAAUUUUUAUUUUCAUAUUUAUAUGUCGACCGAUCGACGCUUGAAAUUGUAAAUACUUACGGUUCUUACGCUUCUGUAUAAAUCAUGUGAAUUUCGAUCGAAGCAAUGCGCAAAGCGAAGUACUUUUUACUUUUCUCCAUUUCUUUUUCAUGGAUGAUCAAAGAAUUAAGUUGUACAUAUAUAUACACACACAUAAAUAGUGAUAAUGAAAUUCAUUCGAUUGAUUUCUGAAUACAAAUUCACACGUGCUUAAUGAAUUUGCUUGAAUCAAAUCAUAUUUAUAAUUAUACAAACAUGCUUCGGGUGCGCUCGGUUUAUUCUUUACAUUUGUAUAACUUAUCGUUACGUCUUCCGUUCGCAUUUUAAUUUAACGUUUAAGUGUUCCCUCCAUUUUCUCAGAGCAAUGCGAGAAGCGAGGCUUACGAUAUGACAACUUAACAAGAGCGAGCGAGCGAAAUUGAGAAAUCGUAAAAUUGUAAUUAGGCCGUGUUCCCUUAUUCCCAGCAUUAGAAGACGAUUCAAGUUGAUUAAAUUCAAUGGUAACUCGGUAUCGAAAACGAGGUAGUUGACAGUAGUAGGAGAAAGGAGAGGGUGUUGUUCUUGAAAAAGAAUUUCGAGCGCGCGCGUGAGGAAGGAGGAAAGAGAGAGGGAGAUGGAGAGGGAGAGGGAGAGGGUGAGAAUUAUGGAGCAGGAAUUUUAAGAAGAAAAAACAGAACGGGCAGUAAGAGAGCGUGAAGUCCGACAGGGGUGCUCAACUCGGGCAAAAUCUUGAUCCUGGGUAUCUUAACGAACGAGUUAAUUAAUUGUGAUGUACUUUUAGUAUAUUUAUUGUAUUAUAUUACACCGUGAAUUUUUAUUUACUAUUUUAAGGAAUUUAUUAAACGUCAGGAUGUACAUACACGAUACGAAGAAGUAUAUUGAGAAUAUUUAGACAUCGGUACAAUAUAAAAUAUUUAGGGCAAAAAUUUAUUGAUUUGAUUCGGUAUAAAAAUUCACGGUAUAAUUGUCAUUACUUUAACAAACAAUGCAUCGGGCAGUGUCGGAACGAAAAGCCCGAGGACGUUAAAAUAAUCCGAAUUCGGCAACUCUGUUGGUCAGUGCACAAGAGUAAUUACUUACACGUAUAAACACAUACAUACAGUCAGUGAAACAAGUCUCCAUUUAGAUUUUUUUACUAUAUUUGCAAUAUUUAUCUAUACGUGAAGUUUCGUAGUAUUUCAAUUCUUUUAAGUACAAUAAAAUGCAUAUAUUAUAAACUGAGAUUAAUGAAACGCGUGCAUGGAAAUUACAUAUACUUACAAUUAGACAUAUUACGUUUACUUGUAAAUUUUACUACUUCUUACAAUUGUGUUAAGAUUAUAAGGUUGAUAAUUGCAAUGAGGUCAUUACAUGGACGAUUGAAGUGUAAAACGAAACGUGCAGUAUAAACAAUGGAGAUAUUUUUCAAUAGACUGUAUACACGUACACGCAACGUUGCAAUUAGACAACGGAUUUUCAUACAAUUGUACGUUUCUAUUAUUACAGAAUAACGAUAACAAGAUUCAGAAAUGAAACGAAAUUAAGAGAUCGACAAAUUUUUUAUGAGAAUUCGAGGUCUGACUAGCACGUAUCGAAGGAAUCUAUAAACUGAAAAGCGAUUCGCUUCGACAAACACGUCGCUAAUUCGACGAAGUAAGGUGACAACUGUGACAUCGGGGUUGAAAAAUCACACUUAUUGCAUAGGUACUACAUUCGGAUGCAAAUUUGAGAUCUUACCUAUAUCGAAUGGCACCCAACACGAUACUUACUCCUUCGAAAAAUGUGAAGUCGCUGGACCGAAAAGUAGUCACGCCUACAUUCUGAUGAAAAUCCGAUGUCUUACCUGUAUCGAAGGACAUCUGUAUAAACUGAAAAUCAAUUCGCUUCGAUAGACACGUUGAGAUAUAUACUUUGACGAAGUACGGUGAAAUUAAAGAUCGAGUGUACAAUUUCUAAGAAAUAGUUAAUUUUUCAGAAUAUUCUGCGUUCUAUCAUUUCAGUUCUAAUGUUCUUUCAUCGUGCUAGUUCACUCAACGUUAGAAUAUACAGAAAAAUAGAUAAUUCUUUUUUCACACAGUCCUUCUGGUAUUUUUACAUCAAGUGUUCGUUCGUAUACUCGAUUUUUGAAGUCACUUUAUAAUGGGCAGACACGAGACACAAGUUUUACACUCGAAAAAUCUAUAGAUCCGUAGGUUAUAUCAUUUGAUUAUAAUUAUAUCUUCUUACUAUUAUUAUUAUUAUUAUUAUUAUUAUUAUUAUCAUCACGGUCAUCGUCAUUAAUUAUAUGAAUGUAUAAUUACUGUUUAGUUCAUAGGUUAAAUUAAUCUACUAUAAUAUCAUUUACCGCUUGUACAUACGCUGUGAGCUCGAAAAAAUUAUUACAAAAUCUUUAUCACAGGAGAAUAAGAAAAAUCUAUAAUUUUUUCGACUGUUUUUGUACAGAGAUAUAAGAAUAAAAAGAAAGAAACAAAAGGGCCUCGUGCUUAUGAAAUUUCACGAAUGGAAAAUAAUUAAAACAGUAUCUUGUCUUUUUAUAAUAUCUAUCCCCACUCUUCUGAAUCCUGAUUAACCUUUAGUCGUACUAGAAUAAUUCAUAAUGUAUUACGUUACAAUAAAAUCAUUCAAUCAAUAUGUCCUUAUUUGGAAAACAUA